UGUCUUUCUCUCUCUCUCUCUUUCUCUUAUUUCCCCACCAAGAAGAAGACCACUCAUUCAUCCGUUUCUUCCUUUCGUUUGUUUUUCCAACUGAUACCCCGUUUUUUGUUCAGUGCGUAGCCAUGUCUACAACACAAGCUUAUAACCAGAGGUCGGUUUUACCAGACAACUUUGCCUUUGAACCUACCCCAUCUGCCUCUAUCAACAAUACCCCUUCUUCAUUACGUUCCGGUACAGCCGAAUUCUCAUCUGCACCUUCAUCAUCGCAUCAUUCCCAACAACGGCUCGCACGCCCCGUAUCCGAGAUUCUCAGACCUGGAAGCGUAAUAUCUCCAGAAACUGAAGCGUUGGAUAAAUGGUUUGAAGACCUGCAGGAAUAUGAACGCAAUUUGGAAUCCAUGGCUUCCGCCAACAUUGAUCCAAAGUAUAAGGAGGAGAUCCAACACGUGGAACAAUGGUUUCGGUACCUUAGCGAAGCUGAACGCACAGCCGCCGUUUAUUCUCUGUUGAAAUAUUCGAGCCAGGUCCAGAUCCGAUUCUUUAUCACGGUGUUGCAGCAAAUGGAUAAGAAGAAUCCCCUGGGAGCAUUGUUGACGCCCGUUCAACCCGAGAAAACUGAUAUGCAUUCCCAGCUCUCCAGCGCCAUGGCCAAAGCUGAGUGGGAAGCUAGCCAAAAACUUUUGUCCGUGUUACCAUAUCAGACAGGCCAGGUGAUGGCCAGGCCACCCAAUCCGAAUGCUUCUCGACGCAACAUUGACCGUCAUUCUUUUGCCUUGGGCGAUACCCAGGAGUAUAACCGUCUUUUCAAUGGUGGCGGUGCUGGUGGAAGCAUAGUAUCUGGAUCCGAUUUUUUAACCCCGCAUACUGGAUAUAACAAUGCUUCUUCCCUGAUGGACGAUUCCGCUUUCAGUCGGUUAAAAUCUCAGAACCGCAACUCGAUUUUUGCUGGGGCAAGUACGGGAGUGCGUCCAAAGUCUGUGAUUGAAAGCGAUCUGUCGUCGAUUUUUAACAGCGAUUGGACCUUUGGUGCUGCCGGUGGAGGAAUGAUGAGCGAUCGCGGCGGAAGACCCAAAUCCGCCGAUGUUUCCAAUUGGUCUUUUGCGACGGUAUCCUCGGAUGCCAAUGCCAAAGCCAAAGACGCCGCGGCCGCGGCUUGGGGAGUCACCCCAGGGGUCAAUUCGUUCAGUGAACAUGGCAAGGCCAUUGAGCGACCCAGUUCCGCUUCAGACGUCGAUCACUUGACCAUGUUGACGGCCAAUUGGCAUCUGCCAUCUCAACAGCGUGCUUACGAGACCGAUGAUAGCAAGAAUUUCCGAAGAAGACCCAAGAAUCGAACCAGCAUUCCCGGUACCGUCCCUGAAACAGAUGAAAACAAUACGAACAUUGUUCUGUCAUUGCACGAUGAACAUCACCAACCUUAUGGUAUUUUUGGUCAAACGUCAUUAUCGCAACCUUAUCCAACAAGUUCUUCUCGUCCUUCGUCGCGAGCCACGUCACCGAUUCCUUCGGCAUCCAAUUCAAGCUCGCUUUAUCCGACAAGCUCGGCUUACACCCCGAUGCCUCGAAGUCCUAAACCAAAUCACCAUCUGGUGCCACCCUCUUCUGGAGCUCAUUUUGGUCAAUUUUUGAACCCUAGCGACCGCCUUGACGCCGAUCUCGAUUACCUUAGCGAUCACAGUGAUGCCUCGGCAUUCAGUCACAGCAACCGAUACAGGAAAUUCGGUCAACGUCCUGUUAAAGAAAAGAAGCAUGUCGAUGUCGUCGACAUGCAAUUGCUCCAAGAUAUUCCUGCUUGGCUCAGGAGUCUUCGAUUGCACAAGUAUAAUCCAAUUUUUGAGAACAUCAAAUGGCAGGAAAUGGUGAAGUUGUCCGAUGACGAAUUACUGGCUCGAGGUGUCUCCGCUUUGGGAGCAAGACGUAAGAUGCUCAAAGUGUUUGAACAAGUCAAAGCGCAUUGUGAAGCAAACAAUAUACCUAUAUAAAACUAUGUCAUCCACCACUUGCAGGGCAAAUAAGCGGGGAUUUUUGGUAUCUUUGGAAGGAACAUGGGCUAAAGUUUGGCAGGCGAACAAACUCUCACUUGUGUAGUUUCUUUUUUUUGAAUUUCUGAAUUUUUGGG